CAGAGACUGAAAGAACUCAAACAAAGAGAAUUCUCUAGAAAUGUUGCAUCAAAAUUAAGGCGAAAUGAACGAAAACAAAAGAAAUAUCUUCAGAGGCUCCAUAGACUGAAUGAUCAUAAGAGACAAACAAACUGUGCUCCAGGAAGUGGCCCUAUGUUCAAAUCAACCACAGUUACUGUUCAUGACCAUGUCCACGGCAAUCUUCAAAGCACCAUUGUCCAUUCUGUAGAAAGAGAAACUCCGCAGAUUGCCUCCAUCACAAACCUUCAUAACAGCACAAAUAUGGCAUCCAUACUUUUAUCAAGCUCAGAAAGUUCAGAAAACAGUAACCAAAACUUUCACAAUCAGAUUCAAAAAGACAAAAAACAGAAAAUAAGCUUCUCUUUUGCGUUUCGAAAAAGGACUCCCAUUAAACUUGAAGCCUCAGCUGCUGUGUUCUACGACUUCAACAAAGACAUUUCAGGUGGUCAUGGGUUAACAAAGAGAAGCAGGUUUCUCCCAGCUUCAUUUAGUGUUCAAUCAUCUUUGCCAAUAGAAGGAUCUUCAUGCCCAAAUGACGAUCAAAAAUCUAUAUCAGCUUGUGAAAAACAAUCACCUAGAAGAAGACAUGCUUCCCAGGACACAAAUCAGAAAGAAAUGGAUGAAACAGAGCUAACAACAUUUUCAGCUCCUGAUGUCUGCAAUUUAAAAGUGCCUUUAGACUGCAAUGUCCAAGCACAACCAGUAAACUCAGAUAUAUUUCUUCAGUCAAAUGAAAAAGGAGACAAAUAUAUUUCUGAAAAUGAGGAAUUGGCUGUAGAAUGGCACAAAUCCAAGACCGGUGAAGGAACACAACUACAUUGUGAUGAGCACAGUUUUUUGGUUCAAUCUGUGGAAAACACCAUGCAGAAAGAGGAAAUGACAGCAUGUGAUCUAGCAUGUGACAGUAGUAAAUGUAACAAAAAUCCAACAGACAGCUUAUCUAUUGAUGAUGGGACACUGGAAAAUAAGAAUAUGUCUCCUAUAAGACCGAAUAAGGACUUUCUACCAGUGCAAAGCAAAAAUGGUUCCAAAAUUUUUCAAUGGCCUUCUGAAAUGAUGAUGUACACCUGCACACAACCAUCCAUCUCCUACAGCUGCAAUCCUCUGCAUUUUGAUUUCCGGCUUUCAAAAGAAAAAAAAGUACAGGCAGCUUGCCUGAACAACAGUCUGCCAACCCAGACAAAACAAUAUUACUGCAGCAACAGUUCCAAUACCAAAUACAAUACACAAUUAGGCUAUGACUCUUUUACAAAUGAAGACGGGAAAGAUCCAUGUCAGCAAAGAGCCAAGACUCAGAACAGUUUGAAAUGCUAUAAUCUAAUUUGCAGCUUUAAAGAAGAUCAAAAGCACAACAUUUCAAAGUAUCUUUUGGACAAAGAUUUUGACUCAAACAUAAACCAGAGAAGCAAAAGUAAUAGAAAAUCAUCUACAAGAAAAAGAAGGAACUGCAAAUAUAGAGAACGAGUAAGAACAUCCAAAUGC